AUGCCUACACAAACUGGUUACGGAUACGUCAAAGGUGCCACUGAGAUCACCAAAUUUACCGACUUGCCGAUUCCAGAGCCGGGUCCAAGUCAAAUACUUUUGAAAAUUGAGGCUGCUGGGUUAUGUUUAUCUGACCCCCACACUUUGAUUGGUGGCCCAAUUGCUCCUAAGCCACCUAAACCAAUGCCAACCAAGUUUGUCAUGGGACAUGAAAUUGCUGGUAGUAUUCACAAAGUUGGUAGUGAGUUGGCCAACUCACCUCAGUACAAGGUUGGAGGUCGUUUUGCUUUACAAAUUAAUCAAGGGUGUGGUGCCUGCAAAUCUUGCAGAGCUGGUGAUGAUGGUAACUGUACUGAAUCUUACCAAGCAUAUGGUUUGAAUGAAGAUGGAGGAUUUCAACAAUUCUUGUUGGUUAGAAACUUGAGGACGCUUAUACCCAUCCCAGACAAUGUUUCAUUUGCUGAAGCUGCUGUUGCCGUUGACUCGGUCUUGACUCCAUUCCAUGCUAUUCAAAAGGUUAAGCACAAGAUUAAGCCCAGUUCCAAAGUACUUGUUCAAGGAUGUGGUGGGUUAGGUCUUAAUGCCAUUCAAAUCUUGAAGCAAUACAAUUGUCACAUUGUUGCUACUGAUUUGAAACCAGAUAUCGAAACCAUUGCCAAAGGUUAUGGAGCUCGUGAAUUUUACACUGAUUUAAACAAAUCCAAACACGAACCAAUGUCAUUUGAUAUCAUAUUUGAUUUUGUAGGUAUUCAACAGAGUGUUGAUAUUUCCAAUACAUUUGUCAAGAGAAAAGGAACCGUAUCACAAACUGGGUUGGGUAGAUAUAAAUUCAAGAUGCCAAAUUAUACCUUUGCUUAUAGAGAAGUUGAGGUUUAUUACAACUUUGGUGGUAGCUCUGCUGAAACUAUGGAAUGUUUGGAAUGGAUUAGCAAAGGCUGGAUUAAACCAAAUGUCCAAUUUGUUGAUUUUGAUAACUUGCCCCAAGCAAUGCAAGAUUUGACUAAUAACAAAGUGAGAGGAAGAGUUGUCUUUAGGCCAAACCAUAAAGCAAGUAAGUUAUAA